UUAAACCGAGACUUCAGACUUCGUUUCUCGAGCUCCAUUUUUGGAUUCCUUCAAUUCGUCUCUUCGAUUUCGUUGGUCCUCUUCCACAGUGAAGAACUGAUGCACGAAGAAGAAAGCUGCGCCUGUAUUCUUUGGUUCAUUCGGAACAGUUCAAAGAGGAUUAGCGGUUGAAAUCAAGAUAAAUCUGAGCUGCUCAGGAGUCUUUCAUGUAAUUGUUCUGUCUUCUACAAGUUUGAGUUCAAGAAAUGUUUAUGACAUUUAUUUGGAAUCUCCACUCUUUCUAGUGCCCUGGUUUUCAACGUGAAUCCAAGAAACUUGACCAUCUGUUCCACCGAAGGAGCACACCAUGCAAAUAGCUUGUCAACCCCAUCCACUGGUUUACUUCCCUAUCAGAAGCAGCUCUAAAAGACGAGAUGAAUGGAAGAACAUACAGAAUUUGCAUUCAAGAAGCUUUGUUAAACUUGUAUUUUUGGAACCUCAGACUCAUAAAUUUGCUAGGCCACUGUGCAAAAACAGAUUGUAUGCAAUCCCACAUGAAGAAGAUGGGCGCCCUUCUGCCUCAAUGCCAGAGGACGUUAAUUCGAAACCAAUGCUUAAUUCUAUAGCAGAGGAGUUGGGGAACAAAUGGUCGCCUCCAAGAUAUCUAUGGAGGGGGCUAUCAGUUCUUUUUCUAACUGGGCAGGUCAUUAUGAGGACUUUAAAGGGUAAAAUCCAUUGGAAAAAUACUCUCCAACAGCUAGAGAGAGUAGGGCCAAGAUCUGUAGGGGUUUGUCUUCUAACAUCUGCAUUUGUUGGCAUGGCUUUUUCUAUCCAAUUUGUCAGAGAAUUUACUAGAUUAGGAUUAAACAGGUCUGUUGGUGGUGUAUUAGCUUUGGCAUUCUCAAGGGAGCUAAGUCCCGUGAUUACGUCGAUUGUGGUUGCAGGGAGAAUUGGAAGUUCAUACGCUGCAGAAUUAGGAACAAUGCAAGUCUCAGAGCAAACCGACACGUUAAGAAUCUUGGGUUCAAACCCUGUCGAUUAUCUCGUCACUCCAAGAGUUAUAGCCUCCUGCAUUGCUCUUCCAAUUCUAACUUUAAUGUGUUUCACAGUUGGGAUGGCAUCAAGUGCUCUUUUGGCUGACAGUGUUUAUGGUAUUAGCAUCAACAUUAUCAUUGACUCAGCUCUAAGAGCUCUAAAAUCGUGGGAUAUAAUCAGCGCGAUGAUCAAAUCGCAGGUUUUCGGUGCUAUCAUAUCGAUUGUAAGCUGUGCUUGGGGUAUCACUACUUCCGGGGGUGCUAAGGGGGUUGGGGAGUCCACAACUUCAGCCGUUGUCAUCUCUCUUGUGGGCAUAUUCAUUGCUGAUUUCACCCUUUCUUGUUUCUUCUUCCAAGGAGCUGGAGAUUCCCUCAAGAACUGUAUGUAAAUUCAUUGAGCAUACUCACAAAUACUUCUACAUUAUUCAGUGGGGCAAAGAGCAUGUCAGAAUCUGCUGUUUACAUAAAAACAUGUCUCCAAGAAGUUCUACAAAUGGGAAGCCAUUGGAGGUAUGUGUGAGUUUUAGUUUAAUUUGUUUUUGGGCUGAAACAACAACUUUCUGGCUUUUCUUGCUGUUUUCUUAUUGUCUAGCAAAGAAGAUGCCUUUUUAACGUAGGAUUUAAACAGUCCAUGAUAUCUUCCACUUUCGAUUGAGUUUUUGAAUCUCAGCUCAUGUUUUUAAGUAGAACUUUUGACAAAUAAUAUGAUUCUGCCACUAGAUGGGUCACUUAAAAACCCAUCUAAAAUUUGUAACAA